CUUGGAUGCUUGGGUGCACACGACAUGGACCAGACGACACGACGCUGCUGAGCUGACCGCCUCCUUCACUCCAACUCUCUGCCUAGAACCAUUCAUACAUAAACACCUCCUCCUACCUCCCCCCCCCCUACCCGCAUCUAUCGCACGUCAUCUUGCUCACCCUCAGUCCCCGUGUGACGUUCGCCCCGUUCCCGCAACUUGACUCCCUUGCAUCUCCGCAACACCUCCGCACCCCGCCAACACGCCAUGCACGACCCCUUUCCGCUCCCUAGGCCAACAGACCUUGCGGCAUACAUCCAACCUGUUAGCGAGUUCCUAUCACUCAACUCCCUUCACUUGCACUUCCAUGAGAUAGCCGUCGCAUUUGCCUUCUACCAUGUCACCAAUGCGUACAUCGCCCCCGUGCUCUCGAUGCGGCUGAUCCCAAGGAUAUAUCCAACAUUCAAUGCGCGAACAAGGCUGAAUUGGAAUGUCCACAUUGUGUCGUUUGUGCAGAGUACUCUCAUCUGUUCUAUGGCGCUAUGGGUCAUCUUCAAUGACAAAGAGCGUGCAGAGAUGACCUGGCAGGAGAAAGUAUGGGGCUAUACAGGAGCCUCGGGGCUCAUCCAAGCAUUUGCGACUGGUUAUUUUGUCUGGGAUCUUAUGAUCACGUUGCAGAACAUCCAUGUCUUCGGGCUCGGAAUGCUAGCACACGCCGUUUCCGCUCUGUUCGUCUUCUCUCUUGGCUUUAGACCCUUCCUCAACUACUAUGGUUCUACUUUCAUUCUCUACGAGCUCUCCUCGCCCUUCCUCAAUAUCCACUGGUUCUGCGAUAAGCUCAACAUGACGGGCUCAAAGAUACAGUUCUACAAUGGCAUCAUGCUGCUGCUUACAUUCUUCUCCUGCCGCCUGAUGUGGGGAAGCUACCAGUCCGUCCGCGUAUUUUACGAUGUCUACCGUGCUCUCACGGCAGGCCACCCCACCAUCAAUGACCCCGAGCUCGGCAAAUUCAAUAAUAGAACCACGGCGUCAGAACUAGUCCAUGGGGACGAGAUUAUGCAAUUUGCAGGAGAUCAAUUUGUUCCCGUAUGGCUUGCAGGCUGCUAUCUCGCCUCCAACAUCACUCUGAAUGGCCUCAAUUGGUUCUGGUUCGGAAAGAUGAUUGAGACGCUCCGCAAGCGAUUUGACCCACCCCUUGGCACGCGCAAAGCUGAGGCAGAGCUAGAGAAGGAGAAAGUACUUGUGGAGGGCAUCGACGUGGAGACGGAGGCGAACACUCCUGCUCCCCUCACACCGACACCAGGCUCGGCUGAAUCUAACGAGAAUGUCGAGAAAAUCGAUGAUGCCCUCAAGAAGAUGGUUUCAGCUUCAGGAAACGAUACCACGUACUUCUCCGUCGAAAGAAACGCCAAAUCCCUAAAAUUAGAACAGCAGGAAGUCAAGAGUCGAGCGGGGAGACAGGCAAAGCAAGGCAAUCGGUUGAUGGGAGAAGCCGCUCGAGGCGCAUGAGUCAAUUUGGGGGUAGGUGCAUAUAUAUUGUAGUAGUAUUCUUCAUCGACCUGGUGUCAUCAUUCUUCCAGCCAUAUAUCGGACUUGGAAACUGCGAACCUCUAUGUUGGCAGUAUCAAGAUUCAAGACCCGUGUUGCAGAGUUGUAUUGACCACGUCUGCAGCCAUUUUAAUUCGCUGUAUUAAUAUUUCGUAUAUCUGAGUAGACGCCCCGCCAUCUAUAUUAAU